AGUUUCUUUCCCACACAUAGUUUUGUUGCCGAGUACAACUCCAAAACUCAGAAGACUUCUCAUCUUUUUGGCCGUUAUGAGCCAACUUGCAUUAUGGUCUCUUCCCAUUGUUAAAAGCGCGUUUGGGACCAAUCACAGAUCACUCGCCAAAAAAACAAAAAAAAACCCAUCUAUCAUUGAUUAUUUGAUCAGUUACAGAAAUGCAAAAUUUAUAGCUAACUUUUUUCAUUAUGUCUGUCAAAUUAAAAUUUUAAUGAGAAUUUUUUAUAUUAAAAAUAUUCAAGUUUGUCGAGGUGAAGUAAUUUUGAGUGAUAUGUUAAAAAAUGUGAUCAAGUUGUGCGAUUUUUGGAUAUUUUUAGCUAUUCAAGCGUCACUAAUCACUGUAUUUACCAUACACAAAGUUUGGAUUUUUUAAAAAUGUGGUUUGGGUACAUGUGUCAUUAGGUAAUAUACUAGAGUUUAGUGGGUAGGCCACGUUUUGGAUAUGCUCGACUCUUCUGGCAGUGGAGACUCGCCUGGCCAACUUGUUUCCUCAAUUUGGAUUUAAGCUUAGAGUCAAUAUUUUUUUUCCCGGAAAGUAAGCUUAGAGUCAAUAUUAGAUUGUUUGUUAAGGUUCAAAGAAUCACAUUCUUCUUCAUUGCUUUGAUGGGUAUUUGACCCUUUUGUCAGAUUUGAUUUGUGAAAGACUUUCUUUUAAGGUUUAUGGAAGCAAAGAUUGAAUUUUUUAUGUGAGUUCUUCAUUUGGUUCAAACAUAAAAUCAGAGUAUCAGUUGUUUCUAUAACUGCAAUGGCAUUUAAGAAAGUUGGUUUUAUUGUUGCUGUGGUUUGUUCUGUCCUAGUGGGAGUUGUGUCUGCCGAGCCAAGGUUGGAAGUUGAAAUUGAGGCCUUGAAAGCAUUCAAGAACUCGAUCGCCAAUGACCCACUUGGAGCUCUUGUGGACUGGACUGAUGCCAAACAUCACUGCAACUGGUCUGGAAUUGCAUGUGAUCCUUCCUCAAAUCAUGUCAUUUCAAUUUCUCUGGCCGAAAUGCAGCUCAAAGGUGCAAUUUCUCCAUUCCUCGGAAACAUUACCAGCCUCCAGGUUCUUGAUUUAUCUUUAAAUUCUUUCAUAGGACACAUUCCACCUCAGCUUGGGCUUUGCUCACAGCUUUUGGAUCUAAUCCUUCAUGAAAAUUUUCUUUCCGGUCCAAUUCCACCAGAGCUAGGAAACCUUAGAAAUUUGCAGCAACUAGUCUUGGUAAGUAAUUUCUUGAAAGGAACCAUACCUGAUAGAAUAUGCAACUGCACGGCCUUGCUUGCACUCGGUCUCAACUUCAACAAUCUUACUGGUACAAUCCCAUCUAACAUAGGAAAUUUGGUUGAUCUUCAAAUUUUUCUUGCUUAUGAUAACAGCUUGGUUGGUUCUAUACCUCCUUCCAUUGGUAGGUUGAAAGCCAUGCAAGCAUUUGACCUGAGUGAAAACCAUUUGUCAGGAGUAAUACCUCCACAGAUAGGGAAUUUGUCAAACUUAGAAAUUCUUCAGCUGCAUUUGAAUUUCAUAGGUGGCAAAAUCCCAUCUGAACUUGGUCAUUGUAAGAAGCUUUCAAUUCUAAACAUUUAUACCAAUAAAUUCACUGGAGGCAUUCCUCCUGAGCUUGGAAAUUUGGCUAACUUAGAAGUCUUAAGGUUACACAGGAACAGGUUGAAUUCCACAGUCCCAGUCUCCUUGUUCCAAGCUAAAUCAAUAACCAUUUUAAGACUCUCAGAGAAUGAGUUAGCUGGAACUAUACCAUCUGAAAUUGGGACUUUGAGAUCAUUACAAUAUUUGGCCCUUCAUUCAAAUAGGUUCACUGGGAAGAUCCCUUCGUCUUUGACAAACUUGACAAAUGUAACAUAUUUGUCCAUAAGCUCCAAUCUCCUCACAGGGUCACUUCCAUCAAAUAUUGGAUCUCUGUAUAAUUUGAUGAACCUAACCCUGCACGAUAACUUUCUUGAGGGGUCUAUUCCAUCCAGUAUCACCAAUUGUACACGUCUUGUUACUAUCAGUUUAGCAUAUAACAGACUGACUGGGGAAAUUCCUAGGGGCUUGGGGCAGUUGCCAAAUCUGACGUUCCUAUCUGUUGGGGUAAAUAAGAUGUCUGGUGAAAUUCCAGACGACCUCUUCAAUUGCUCAAAUCUUUACAGACUAGACUUGGCCGUCAACAAUUUUAGUGGAUCAUUGAAACCAAGUAUGGAUAAACUCUUUAAUCUCCAAAUGUUGCGACUUUUUUCAAAUUCAUUUACCGGGCCUAUCCCAAGAGAGAUUGGAAACCUUAGUCGUUUGUUGUCCCUAGAACUUGAUAGAAAUAGUUUUUCAGGCCUAGUUCCUCCUGAACUUUCAAAACUCUCUCUCCUGCAAGGGCUUUUUCUGCAAUUCAAUACGCUGGAAGGCACAAUUCCUGAAAAGAUUUUUGAGUUGAAACAAUUGACUUAUCUUCAGCUGCAGCAUAAUAGGUUCACCGGCCCCAUCCCACAAGCUGUCUCAAAACUUGAGUUGCUUUCAUAUUUGGACCUCAGUGGCAACAAGCUCAAUGGAUCAAUCCCAAAGAGCAUGGCACGGCUUCACCAAUUGAUGGUUUUGGAUCUCUCACACAAUCGUCUCAGUGGAUCUAUUCCAGGGUCAGUGAUUGCAAAUAUGAAAAAUUUGCAGAUAUAUCUGAAUCUUUCCUACAAUUCCUUGAGCAGCACAAUUCCGGUAGAGCUUGGCAUGUUGGAGAUGGUACAAGCCAUUGACAUCUCUAACAAUAAUCUAUCAGGUAACAUUUCUAGAAAAAUUGAAGGCUGCAGAAAUUUGUUUUCUCUUGAUUUGUCAGGGAACAACCUUUCUGGUCCAAUUCCUGUUGAAACUUUUACUCGGAUUGCUAUGCUGACGAGUUUGAACCUGUCAAGAAAUCAGUUAGAUGGUCCCAUUCCUGAAAAUUUGGCAAAUCUAAUGCAACUAAACUCCCUCGAUCUUUCUCAUAACAAGUUCAAUGGCAGCAUCCCUGAGAGGUUUGCCAAUCUUUCAACCUUGAAACAUCUCAACCUUUCCUUCAAUAAACUUGAGGGCCGCGUUCCAGGAACUGGCAUUUUCAGGAACUUAAGUGCAUCUAGUUUGCUAGGAAACUCGGGCCUCUGUGGAACAAAAAAUUUCGACCCUUGCAAGAAGAACCGGUUAUCCAAGAAGAUUGUACUAAUUCUUGUGGUACUUGGUUUUGCUUCUCUACUUCUAGUUCUAGUUUUGGCAUUUUUGGUACGUGAGCGAUACAUCAGAAAGCAAAAAACAGAAGCAGAAGACUCUGAGAAACUAGAACCAGAUUACACUUCAGCAUUGACCCUCAAGAGGUUCGAUCAAAAGGAUUUGGAACAAGCUACCGACUUCUUUAGCGAAGAAAAUAUUAUUGGAGCCAGCAGCUUGAGCACUGUAUACAAGGGUAGAUUGGAAGAUGGGCAGAUUGUUGCAGUAAAGAAAUUGAAUUUACAUCAGUUUCCAGCUGAGUCUGAUAAGAGCUUUUACAGAGAAGCCAAGACCCUGAGCCAACUGAGGCACAGGAAUCUAGUGAAGGUAUUGGGCUACGCAUGGGAAAGUAGGAAAUUGAAGGCUUUGGUUUUGGUAUACAUGGAAAAUGGUAACUUGGAGACCAUUAUACAUGAUCCUUGGGUGGAUCGUUCAAGAUGGACACUGUCCAAGAGAAUUGAUGUUUUAGUUUCUAUUGCAAGUGGAAUGGUUUACUUGCAUUCAGGUUAUGAUUUCCCCAUAGUUCAUUGUGACUUGAAGCCUUCUAACAUUCUUUUGGAUGGAGAAUGGGAGGCUCGUGUGAGCGAUUUUGGGACAGCUCGAGUGCUGGGUAUUCAUCUCCAGGAUGGAAGCAGCCUCUCUUCUACAUCAGGAUUCGAAGGCACUAUUGGCUACAUGGCACCAGAAUUUGCAUAUAUGAGGAAGGUUACAACUGAAGUCGAUGUGUUCAGCUUCGGGAUAAUAGUAAUGGAGUUCCUGACAAAGCGAAGACCGACAGGACUUGCAGAAGAGAAUGAAUUGCCAAUCACUUUGCCUCAACUUGUGGAGAAAGCCCUUGCAGAUGGAAUCAAAAGUAUGCUUCAAGUUGUAGACCCUGAUCUAGUAGCUUCAAAUUACUCCGAGCAGGAUGUAAUGAAGGAGCUCCUUAACUUGGCCUUGUCAUGCACCUGUCCUGAUCCCGAGGACCGACCCAACAUGGAUGAAGUGCUGUCUUCCCUUUUGAAGCUAAGCAAGAUCAAGAUGGCGUCAGCGUCAUGACUGCAUAUGUUUUCCUCACUCAAGCUUAUGGCAUGAGAUGAUCAGUUCAGAAGCCAAAGAGCAUGAAAACUUUUAAUUAUCAGUCAGCUACUGCCAUUUUCAUUGGCUGAAUAAUGUGCUUGUAAUUUUGUUUAAAUUUUAGUGAUUUGGUAAUUUGAAAAUGUUAUUAGUCCAUUUAAAAGAAGAAGAAAAAAAGUUUCCAACUCCUGGAGCAUUCAUCCAUAA